UCUCGUUCGCCAAAAAAUGGAAACGAAGAGCGACGACCGGUAUUAAUUAGAUCGCCUCGGCUCUCGCAGAUCGCCUCUCCGUAUUCGUCUUCUCUCGCAGAACGCCUACGCCUCGCGAUAAUCCGAAACUUCGCUUUGCAUCUGCAGGUUUUCGUUGGCGAUGUCGACGGGAAGCUCGCAUUGACUAGCGAUUCUUGUCGCUCUUUGGCGAUUGUGGAAGCUUAGGAAGGUGUAUACUUUAGAAAUUCUAUGGAAGGAGUUGGGGGUGAUGGUGCCGCAACCGUGGCACCUCUGGCCAAGUGGAGAAACGAUUUCUCGAGGGUGUUUCAAUACUAUCUGGAUCGAUCAACCCCUCACCCGGUGCAGCGGUGGCUGGGAACUCUUGCUGCUGCUUUGAUUUACAUGUUGAGAGUUUACUAUGUUCAGGGGUUUUACAUUGUCUCGUAUGGUCUCGGAAUCUAUAUCUUGAACUUGUUGAUCGGGUUCCUUUCGCCAAAGGUUGAUCCGGAGGUAGAAGUGCUGGACGGGGCUUCGUUGCCGACGAAAGGAUCAGAUGAGUUUAAGCCUUUCAUUCGCCGCCUUCCUGAAUUCAAGUUCUGGUAUGCAAUCACAAAAGCUUUCUGCGUGGCUUUUCUGAUGACCUUCUUUUCAGUAUUUGACGUUCCUGUGUUCUGGCCAAUAUUGCUCUGCUACUGGUUUGUACUCUUUGUCCUCACGAUGAAGCGCCAAAUUAUGCACAUGAUUAAGUACAAAUAUGUGCCGUUCAGCAUUGGAAAACAGAGGUAUAAGGGAAAGAAGACAGGUGCAAGUAGCAGUAGCUCAAUUAGGGACUGAAUCCCUCGCCAAAUCUGUUAUUAGGAAGCGAGAAGCUGAGGAAAUAAUCAAAGACUGAUGGCAUCAAUACUCAUGCUUCUUUCCUUUUUCUCAACCAGUCCAAACGUAGUUAAAGGCUUCUCAUAUUAUCCUCUGAUGUUACACCUGUUCUCGUUAUUGGCGGUGGUAACUCGCAUCUCUUAGUAUUCUUUUCUUUAGAUAGUCUUAAUGGACUGCCAACUACCUUUUUCUUCCUUUGUAUCUUAGACAGAUUUCUGGGUGACAAAGAUUGACUACUUGUUCUUUUGUCAUAGAAAUGUAGCUGAUGAUGAUUGACUACUGGUUCUUUUCU